AUGUCAACAGCGAGUGAAGAGUAUAUAACAGACACCGAGUGGUUUAAGUACACUUGUGGUGUUUAUGAAGAGGAAUUUCGAAAGGAAAAAUCUCUCCAUAUUCAAGAAAAUGGUAACAGUGCAUUUAACACACCAAUGUAUUCAAUUAUUAACACUGAAACAACUUCAGUGAUAUCUUCUGGAAGUUUUGAACUCAUUUCGAUUUCCAAUUUAAAGUUCCAAACAUCGAAAAAAACACUUUCAAUAACUCCGUGUGUCUUUGAAAUAUUAAUUCGCGAAGAUUUGGCUUCCAGAAGUCAAGUCGACGUCUGUUACCUUCAAGCAGAUCCACAAUACAACAACGCUGUGUUUCAAGUCGCUUCAAAUUUUAAUGCAGUGGAGGCAGUCAACGAGGCAAGUCCCCCAGACUUAAAAAAUUUCACAACGGAAUACAUCUAUGACCACACACAAGGCCCCUCCGCAUCACUUGGUGCACCCGCUUCUGCCAUAUUUAGAGUGCACUUCCCUUUCUAUGACCCAACAACAAACGAUAGAACGUGGGGGCAAACCAAAGAGAAGCAACUUGAGAUGUUAGGUGACUUAGAUCAUCUCUUUCACGUCGAAAAUGGGUAUCCGCACUUAUCACUCCCUUUAGACAUCACAACUUUUGAUGAUGGAAAAAUCAAAGUUGGCGUCCAAACAGACGCCGAAGUCGCCUUUGUCUGGGAAGUUCGGAAGAUGCGAGUCGUUCCCAAGAACAAGCGGAAUUUGAUUGAUCAAGUCUUUUGUGCUGGAAUUAAUGUAAGACAAGGAGGUGGGGCUCUCAAUUGGCCUGUAAUAGAGCAGUACCCGAUUUUAAUGUGUUCCAUUCUCAAAGCCGACUAUGAGGGAACUUAUUUGACUGCCAUUCGUAACCAACGAAAGACCAUAGUCCUUACAUUAAUAGGUAAUGGUGUCUUUGGCAAUCCAAUUCAACAAGUGUGUGACGCUAUAGUUCAAACACAUUUAAAAUAUGGUGUUAAAAACAAUGGAAAAGUUCAAAGGGUUGUCUUGCCAGUUUUCAAAGUUGGUGGUGAUGAUGUUGUAAAGUGUUUGGUGCCAAUGCUUGAGGCUCAUGGAAUUAAAUAUGUGAUCAAACGCUUUAGAGGAAACACUUUAGUAACUGAGUAA